ACUUUGGGGAGCUUUUGCAGCGUUUUGCUCGCGCGGCGUUUUGCAACAGAGGGAAAGGGCGCCACGGGGAGAGCCGACGGGCCAAGCUUGAGCCCCAGUCCGGCUCCCCUUUUCGGUCCCGCCCAUGACCUGCUCCUGCUUCCAGGCGCUCAUCCUGGCGCUGGGACUGGUGGCCAGCUUGCAACUGCUUUAUUUGGCACUGCUCUCCGGGUGGCACGGGCAGGAGCAGCGGUCUCGCUACGCCCAGCUUUUCCAGGCACGCCAUGCCUUGCCGAGCCACGGGCACAAACAGAGGCUCAAGCCGGUGUUGGCCAGUGGAGGCACCCUGGAUGCCAGCGGGCAGUACCGCAUCUACCGGGACAUGAUGCGGGCCUCUUGGGAUGGCCAGGAUGUGGUCCUGGUCACCCACACCAGCUUGGGCAAUCUGCACCAUGUGCAGCAGCUGGUGGAGCGCUGGCAGGGACCGGUCUCGGUGGCCCUCUUUGCACCGGGCUCUGACGAUGUGAGCCAGGCCACAGCCAUGGUCUACGCCUUAGCCGUCCUGUGUGCCCCUCUCCGGCAGUGGCUUCGGCUGCACCUGGUGUGUCCUGCCAACGAAAUGGCUUCCUUCCCGGAGCAGGAGCAGGAGGAAGGGGAAUUUGCCCGCCUCCAGUCCUGCGGAGAUGUCUUUGCCAAGCUGGCACAGCUAGGGGCCGGCCGGCGUAACUAUGUCAUGGGGGUCACCAACACGUCGUACCCCAACAACCUGCUGCGGAACGUAGCUAGAGAGGCAGCCAGCAGUCACUGGGUGCUGGUGGUCGACGUGGAUAUGGUGCCCAGCAAGGGUCUGCGAAAAGACUUCCUGGCCUUGCCUAAAGCCGCCGAAGAGGGGACGCCAUGGGUGUUCGUGGUGCCGGCCUUUGAGAUCCGUCACACGCGCCGGAUUCCGGCCACCAAAGCAGAGCUGGUCCAGCUGUAUCAAGUGGGGGAGAUCCGACCGUUUUACGAGGAGUUAUGCCCCCGGUGCCAGGCUCCCACAAACUUUUCCCACUGGCUGAACCUUCCCACACGGGGCACCCUGCACGUGGCCUACGAGGUGGUGUGGCGAGACCCAUGGGAGCCCUUCUAUGUGGGUGCUGCCUCAGUGCCUCCAUAUGAUGAACGCUUCAAGCAGUAUGGCUUUAACCGGAUCAGUCAGGCCUGCGAACUCCACAUUGCUGGCUACCGGUUUGCAAUAUUGAGCAAUGCCUUUUUGGUUCACAAGGGAUUCAAGGUGGCAAGUGAGUUCCACGCACAAAAGGAUGCUGAAAACCAGCGCAACAAGAUCCUUUUCCGACAAUUCAAGCAGGAGCUGAAGAGCAAAUAUCCAGACUCGCCACGGAGAUGUUGAAAUGCACUUUAACUUUGCAGAGCUUAAAUUCUUAAAGCUCCUUUGGAUUUGGAGUGGAGCUACAAAUAGAAUGAGAAGAAACUCUAUUUGCAGUAUAAUUGUACGAACGACUGUGGGUCAUUUUUUUGUUUACCAAAGACAGUUUGUGUCAUUGCUGUACUGCAUUAGUCAGUUUCUGUCAUUUUGUACUACAGGCUGACAGAAUAAGAUCCAAGAUUAUGAAAUGAUGCUGUGAGAACAUGGAAAAGAACUUUUGAACAUUUGGACUGUGAGACAUGAACUAGUAGACCAUUGUGCAGCAAGAUUCUUCCGUAUUGUGCCUGACCUUGCGUCUACAACUGGUCACCUCAGUGUCUUGUUCUUCACAAUGAGAAAGGAUUGCAUAGGUCCUGGAAGAGAAAUGCUUAAUUUAUUCCUGUACCUUAAAAUAACAAACCACCUGUUAAUUAAAGUGAA